AGUCUAUGAUUUAUCUAUCCACGUCUGUCGUAUAUUUUCAUAUUUAAUAUAUAAUAUACUCGACAUGACGGAUAACGAUAAGAAUAGUAUUAAUAUAAUAGACUCCCAUUUAUGUGUACCGAACUCUUGUUACUUUUUAUUCGCGUGACGAUGAAUUCCACGCUUUAUUCGAGAAAUUUUCCCCUAUUAACUAUUCUCCUCGCUGACCCGGCUGCUUGGUACGGAAUGCAUUCGCAUACGCAUUAACGUCUACCUCCCAGCAUCAAAUGGUUAAGUUGAACGGUUUCAUUGCCAACUUAAAAGUGCUCUACGAGCACACGAGAACGACAACUGGUACGAAACCUUAUCGCUCGUCCCCUUAGGUAUUCGAACGAGCUUGAAGGCAGAUAUACAAUGUUCCGCCGCCGAACUGGUAUACGGCACGACAUUGCGUCUGCCCGGAGAAUUCACACCAUGGAGCAGACCUAAUUUCGGUAAAUCAGACUACGUCCAUCGACUGUCUGCAUUUAUGCGAACGCUGUCUCCGGUGUCAACUCGAAUACAACAUCGACAGGUCGCUCUCUCUCGAGAGUUAUCUACCUGUUCACAUGUUUUUGUACGAGUAGAUUCGGUACGCAAACCUUGGCAACAACCUUACGAAGGCCCUUUUCACGUGAUCGCUCGUCACGAAAAGACCUUCAAGGUUGAUCGAUAUGGACGCGUCGAGAUCGUCAGCGUUGAUCGUCUCAAACCAGCACACGUCGAUGACAGUGCCCUAUCUGAUAACCUGAGAUUCAAUGCUAGACCUAGCAAACCUACUAGCGGGAUCCUCAAACCAUCUUCAGGUCCCACGCUAGAUGCACCUGAGACCUCACUCUCACGUCCCAGUCAACAGCACGCGUCAUCUGCACCGUCUACGGACGAGACGACAGUCUCACGUCCAGAUCAGCAGACCACGCCGCCCUUGACUUCGGAUGAGAUUGCAGGCUCACGCGACGCGAACGAGACUGCCGUCUCACGUUCCGGUCGCCGAGUACGUUUACCCGUACGCUUCCUCGACUAGUCGCACAGUCGACAACCGAUACGGUGUAGGAAUAUUCCUAUGCUACUUGCAUGCUACACUCUUCUCUUUUUUGAUUUUCUUUUUGUUUCCUGAGCCCACGCCCUCGACCAUCUCCGUUUGGUUCCGUCGACUUCAGUCAACUUUGGCGAAAGCUGGAUUGGCCACCCACGCUCUUGUCAACGCACUCAGUCGAUAUAUUGGUUUCGAAUGCUUGGCAUACGCUUGGUCUCGGACUUGGUCGUUACGGUCGCUUCUGGUCUUUUGGCUCAACGUGGUUUCGUCCUACGUCUGCAGCGUUUCUGGUGCGCACCUCUACGAACGCCCUCUUCAGAUUCUGGAUACAAACCACUCUGGUGUAGCAUGCCAACUCAAGCAAUCAAUACAACACAUCGCUCCUGGUACCGUUCUCCGAAAACGACCUUCGUUGGCAACUCGACGAUCAACGAUCGCUUUCCUGUUCGCCAAUUCUUCCGUCCUACAAUCGCUCGUCAGCCGAUCAGUCCCACGAUUUAAACCGCUAUUUAUCGAAAGUGUAAACUCUUUCUAGCGGGGGGCUCCUGUAGUGACUCACAUUUAUCACGAGAACACGACUGGUUUAAUAAAAACAAUUAUUAUUAUAACCAACUGUACCAGUGUUUGUUUUAACGUGCUUUUGUUUGACUGUGCUAAUGACAGCUAUUUUGUGCUUCCAUUCUUGUACUUACACUUCGAUUGUAACUUCGCGCGAAUUCGGUUACCUUCUGUAACCAAGGUUGUAUCCUGGCACGAUCUCGGUAUCCUUUCGAUGCCACGAGAUCGCCAGCAAAUAUAACUCGACUUGGUCCAUUAAUUGCCUUCUGAUAUUUGGCUUCUCGGAGAUUUUAUGGGUUUCUUUGGUUACGUUCAACCUUCGCCUUCUGAUUUAUUUGGCACGUGUUUCUUGGUAGCGGUGUUCAUAGUUAAUCUCAACUCGACACCACGCUACAAUUGGUGACCCGUAUUUUGGAACACGCCUCAACUUCUGGUCAAAUCUUCCAAAGAAGCCAAUUCGGUGAGUCUAUGAUUUAUCUAUCCACGUCUGUCGUAUAUUUUCAUAUUUAAUAUAUAAUAUACUCGACAUGACGGAUAACGAUAAGAAUAGUAUUAAUAUAAUAGACUCCCAUUUAUGUGUACCGAACUCUUGUUACUUUUUAUUCGCGUGACGAUGAAUUCCACGCUUUAUUCGAGAAAUUUUCCCCUAUUAACUAUUCUCCUCGCUGACCCGGCUGCUUGGUACGGAAUGCAUUCGCAUACGCAUUAACGUCUACCUCCCAGCAUCAAAUGGUUAAGUUGAACGGUUUCAUUGCCAACUUAAAAGUGCUCUACGAGCACACGAGAACGACAACUGGUACGAAACCUUAUCGCUCGUCCCCUUAGGUAUUCGAACGAGCUUGAAGGCAGAUAUACAAUGUUCCGCCGCUGAACUGGUAUACGGCACGACAUUGCGUCUGCCCGGAGAAUUCACACCACGGAGCAGACCUAAUUUCGGUAAAUCAGACUACGUCCAUCGACUGUCUGCAUUUAUGCGAACGCUGUCUCCGGUGUCAACUCGAAUACAACAUCGACAGGUCGCUCUCUCUCGAGAGUUAUCUACCUGUUCACAUGUUUUUGUACGAGUAGAUUCGGUACGCAAACCUUGGCAACAACCUUACGAAGGCCCUUUUCACGUGAUCGCUCGUCACGAAAAGACCUUCAAGGUUGAUCGAUAUGGACGCGUCGAGAUCGUCAGCGUUGAUCGUCUCAAACCAGCACACGUCGAUGACAGUGCCCUAUCUGAUAACCUGAGAUUCAAUGCUAGACCUAGCAAACCUACUAGCGGGAUCCUCAAACCAUCUUCAGGUCCCACGCUAGAUACACCUGAGACCUCACUCUCACGUCCCAGUCAACAGCACGCGUCAUCUGCACCGUCUACGGACGAGACGACAGUCUCACGUCCAGAUCAGCAGACCACGCCGCCCUUGACUUCGGAUGAGAUUGCAGGCUCACGCGACGCGAACGAGACUGCCGUCUCACGUUCCGGUCGCCGAGUACGUUUACCCGUACGCUUCCUCGACUAGUCGCACAGUCGACAACCGAUACGGUGUAGGAAUAUUCCUAUGCUACUUGCAUGCUACACUCUUCUCUUUUUUGAUUUUCUUUUUGUUUCCUGAGCCCACGCCCUCGACCAUCUCCGUUUGGUUCCGUCGACUUCAGUCAACUUUGGCGAAAGCUGGAUUGGCCACCCACGCUCUUGUCAACGCACUCAGUCGAUAUAUUGGUUUCGAAUGCUUGGCAUACGCUUGGUCUCGAACUUGGUCGUUACGGUCGCUUCUGGUCUUUUGGCUCAACGUGGUUUCGUCCUACGUCUGCAGCGUUUCUGGUGCGCACCUCUACGAACGCCCUCUUCAGAUUCUGGAUACAAACCACUCUGGUGUAGCAUGCCAACUCAAGCAAUAAAUACAACACAUCGCUCCUGGUACCGUUCUCCGAAAACGACCUUCGUUGGCAACUCGACGAUCAACGAUCGCUUUCCUGUUCGCCAAUUCUUCCGUCCUACAAUCGCUCGUCAGCCGAUCAGUCCCACGAUUCAAACCGCUAUUUAUCGAAAGUGUAAACCCUUUCUAGCGGGGGCUCCUGUAGUGACUCACAUUUAUCACGAGAACACGACUGGUUUAAUAAAAACAAUUAUUAUUAUAACCAACUGUACCAGUGUUUGUUUUAACGUGCUUUUGUUUGACUGUGCUAAUGACAGCUAUUUUGUGCUUCCAUUCUUAUACUUACACUUCGAUUGUAACUUCGCGCGAAUUCGGUUACCUUCUGUAACCAAGGUUGUAUCCUGGCACGAUCUCGGUAUCCUUUCGAUGCCACGAGAUCGCCAGCAAAUAUAACUCGACUUGGUCCA